AUGUCCACCAACCGUCCAUUCCUGGCCAACUUUUUGGCGGCGUUUCGCGCCCAGUCAACGUAUAAGGCCUCGGCCGCUGGUUCCCAGUCGGCCACCACCUCCUCGUCUCUCUCGCCGACUCAGAUAUCACAGAGUGCCCGUGCUAUAGCAACCAAGGCAAGCAACUCAGGGGCGUCUUCUGAGGCCGCCUCUACGACUCAUUAUCAUCAUCAUCACCAUCAUCAUCAUCACUCAUCUUCAGCCGGCGCUUCCCACUCCCGACCCCACUCACACACCCGAUCCCCACUGAAUCAAUCAUCUCCUGCCGGGGACUCCCCGGUGCCCUCGUCCUCGGCCACUCCACCAGCUCCCUCAUCCCCGCCAACCCCGGCUUCAUCCAAUCCUAUUCCGAUUGCCAAUGGACCGGACCGUCAACGACGCGGGAGCGACAGCUCCAAUGGAUCGGGCGGGUUCCGAGACGCUCUGGGGCCGGAGAAAUGGUACAUCGGCGGGAGGACGCCCGGCGGAGAGGAGCGUUUCUAUCGAUUAGGGAUGGUGACGAAGGGCGGCGGCCGAUUAGGCGGGAGCGGUCGAGUGGGAAGUAUCGACCAGUUGAGCUUGUGA